GUGUUUGAGAUGCAGAGGCUCUUUUUCCUAUACUUCCUAAACCUUUGGGAUCUAGUAAAAAUUUUCUAAAACAUAAAACCAGAAUACAAUUUUAUCUUGUUUAUCAAGUAAUUUUGCAGUUCUGAUCAUACCUAAAAUUGAACCAUUGAGUUCGUCAUACUUUAGGUAUAGGAUUCUUCUUACAAGUUAGGGUUUCAAUUGGAUGCAUAAUCAUGACCUCAAUUAAGUCCUUGAUCCCGAAAUCUUCUCAUCGGGUGUAUGCAAGGAACAGAUUUUUGAAUCAAGCUCAAGUAACUGCAAGACCGUGUUUCACUUGCAUAGGCCGAGACUACUCAACAACCCGAAGAACCACAAGCAACAAUGUCGACAUAAUCUCACCCAAAUCAUCAAACCUGCACCUUUGGAGCACUUCUCCUCUUCUAGUAACUACACAUCUGUUGAAUCAUCGUCUAUACUCAUCAUCCACCAGUAAAGAUGUAUCUGCUUCAAGUUCUACUGGAUCAGAAAUCAAUGAUACCAGUGGAUUCGAUGGAAAUGAUUUGCUUCAUAAAGCGAAGGAGGCUUGGGCCUCAAGUGUAAAUGUCGCAUCCCAAACUGGUGAAAAGGCAAAAGAAGCUUUAGAUGGAGUGACUCCCCAUGUAGAACAAUUACUCAAUACCUAUCCAUAUCUUCGUGAUGUUGUUGUUCCUGUUAGUGGUACCAUAAUGGGAACCAUUUUAGCAUGGGCAGUCUUGCCAAGGAUAUUUAGAAGGUUCCAUAAGUACUCAACAGAAGGUUCAAGUACAAUCUUACCAGUAGGAUCACUGUGGGGUGCAGUACCUUACGAGAAAAGUUUUUGGGGUGCAUUAGAGGCUCCAGUCAAAUCUCUCAUAACCUUCAUGGCAUUUUCUCAAAUAGGCGUAAUGGUGGCACCAACAACAAUUGCAUCACAGUAUAUUGCACCUGUUUGGAGGGGUGCUGUUAUCAUUUGUUUGGUGUGGUUUUUGCAUAGAUGGAAAACAAAUGUGAUAACACGUGCUUUGGUUAUGAAGACUGUUGUGGGUGUUGACCGAGAUAAGCUGUUGACUUUGGACAAAAUCUCUUCUGUUGGGUUGUUUGUCCUUGGUGGUAUGGCUUUAGCUGAAGCCUGUGGGGUGGCUGUGCAAUCUAUUUUAACAGUUGGAGGAAUUGGAGGGGUUGCAACUGCUUUUGCAGCUAAGGACAUUCUUGGGAAUGUCCUAAGUGGGUUGUCAGUACAACUUUCACAACCCUUUUCAAUUGGAGACACGAUAAAAGCUGGAUCUGUGGAAGGUCAAGUUAUGGAGAUGGGACUCACAACCACCUCAUUGCUUAGUGCAGAAAAGUUUCCUAUAGUAGUUCCAAAUUCUUUGUUUUCAAGUCAGGCAAUUGUGAACAAAUCACGGGCUGGAUGGCGUGUAAUGGUGUCCAAGAUUCCUGUUCAAAUUGAUGAGUAUGAAAAGAUCCCUGCCAUAUCAGAGGAAAUAAAGAACAUGAUGAAAUUAAAUUCCAAUGUUUUCUUGGAAAAAGAGCAGCCGUAUUGUUAUUUGUCUCGAGUGGAAAGAUCUUUUGUGGAGCUUACUCUUGGAUGCAAUCUAAAACAGAUGAGUAAAGACAAGUUAUUUUCAACAGAGCAGGAUCUUCUUCUGCAGUCAAUUCAGAUAAUCAAAAAGCAUGGUGCCACAUUGGCUAACACAUAGAGAUUCUCUGAAUCUACAAACGAAUACUUUAAUUUAAGAGUUUGUUUCUUUUUCCUCUUUGGAGUAACCCAAAUACUAAAGAGAUUCGUUCCAUGUACAUCCCUUUUGGUGUGAUAACAUUCCUUUUUGCUUAUAUUUUUAUGUAUAGGGUUGACGUUUUGAUGACAAAAAAAUACUAUACUUUUGUUUUGU